AUGAUUGCCACACAGCCAAACAAGGCCAAAUUCUUUUGGUGGUCGUCGAAGGUUCAAUGGUUCAAGUUCAACUCAGACAAGAUGAUGGUAUCAAUGCACCCUCUUCGCUCAUUAUCCAGUGCACGGUGUACUUCUGGUUCCACACAGCCAAAUCGCCCAAGCUCUAGAGCCUCUCAUCACUGUCCGACUGCCGGUGCCCCACUUUCAUCUCAUUCAACCACUUCAAUCCGCCAUAGUUCUUCAGCUGGUCAGAUUCACCCAAAUAUCGUUGGAGCAGUGCAGCCAGGCCUCUCAAACCCACUUAUGUUGAGGGCCAGCUCACCGAACUUUGAUGAGCCCAUCAGCACAGGUAUCCGACGGACCAGAAAUGAGUUCAAUGAUGACCAGCUGGCACCUGAGCGGCUCAAACGACUGAAAACUCAUACGCAAGAGUUGUGCGAGAGAAAGAGUAUUCCAGAACACCUCCUUAUGCCAUUUGUUCAGAGUGGUGACCCUCUAAUGAUGCUCCUUGAUGUCCAAGCAAACAUCAUUCAAUUCUCCCUCAGUCAGCAGGACUCACAAUUGAACUGUAGCAAGGACCUUCUUUACUCCAAGGAUCUCGAGAAUUUACUCCAGCACCAUAUGGCAGCAGUCCUUCUCUCUCUGAACCUAACAGCAUAUGUUGUAGAUACUCAACGCCAUGUCAUGGAUCUCAUCUGUGAGCAUCCCGACAUGUUUAAACUUCCGCCGAUCAUUUUCGAAGAUGCUGAGCUCAAGACUGCUCUGAGCAAGAUCGUGACAAAGGUGCUUGCAACUAUUCGUGGUCAAUUUAAAAUUAAGUUGACUGCAUCACUUGUCAAGCGCAUUGGUGUUGUUGAACUUAUGAAAACACUGGCAUCUGGCAGUAUGGAGACCGAUGCUUCACACUGGAAUAGAGUUGCAUUUCUUCAAACCCAAAGUUUGUCCCAGCGACGCUGCUUGCGUGUGUUCCUGAUCGGAACUAGUGACUACAAGGAUGCAAAUAUCAAACAAUGUUAUUCGCCAUUCAUCUCACCUUCGUUAGCUGGGGAUCUCCAUCGCAAAGUGGAGCAAGAGUUGGGGAUCAACAUAUCAGAACACCAGUCUGACAUCCGUGCACCAGGUGAGAUAGAUGCUGAUACUGGCAACAAUGGGGACACAGAGUAUGUUGCUGGCAAUGAGGACAACACCCUUAGGCAUGACAGCAAUGAAGGUGAUGCUGAAGCCGAUGCCGAUGCUGAUGCCAGUGGAAUUCUCGAUGGUAAUGAAGCUGCGGAGGAUGGAGAUUGUGAAGUAGACCAGGAUGGUGAUGAUUCAGGAUUUGGCCUCGAAGGCCACAUAGCAAAGUGGACCACAGGAAAUUUUUAA